CUUUUCAGAAAUGUUUGCAGUUGGUUGGCAGAGUUUCAUUUCAGAGCUGCCUUCACAUGUUGGGCCUGGAGCCAAAUGAGAGUCCCACUCUCUCUGCAUCAGUUUCAUGAGGAAACGCUGGCUGAUUGCUUUCCGCAGCGAGGCAGUGAUGAAAUGCACAGCCAAACUCCUCCCUCUUCCACCUGCACCGCACCAUAUAAAUUCCGUUCAGGGCUGCUCUGGCUGGGGGUCAGUGCCUGUGGCAGUAUUUUUUCCCUAAUGUGACUGCUGCUGCUGUUCGGUUUCCAGCUGUCUCAUCUCCAGCAGGUGGAGAGCUAAGCGACAUGGAAGCAUCACAUUUCCUGGAGAACGGGAAUAUUCCCCAAGAAGCAAACCGGUCAGGGUGCAAUUGGAUGAAAGUUUGCACCUUGGCAGCUCUGGUUCUUUCAACACUGGUUGUGGUUCCACUUUUGAUUGUCUGCUUCCUGUGCCUUCACAGACAGUCUCCUGAGAUCUGCUGGGCUCAUGCAACUUUGCCUUCCGAAAAGGACCGUAUCGUCACGUGGAAGUGGAACUUGACAAGCUGCAGCAGCUUUGUGAAGAAUGACGCUAACCAAACGCUGGAGAUCCUGCAAAGCGGCAUGUACUUCAUCUACGCCCAGGUGACCCGCACGAAGAAAGCGCAAGGUUAUUUCACUAUCACGCUGUACCAAGAGAAGAUUCUCUACAACCAGAUAACUGGGACCAAUUCUGAGGAGGGCACGGCCUCCAUACAUUUUGGGAGGCCCUAUUUUCUGAGGAAGGGGGAGAAGCUAAACUUCAGCAUCAAUGAAGGGCUUCAUUACAUACAGACAGACAACCAGACUUACUGGGGGCUAGUGAGUCAGCUCCUCUCCCCCUCGAAGCCCAGAGUGGGCAUGUUUAUAAUUUCUCUCCAUCAAAUUCAAAACAACGACCCUUUGGACUUCCUCGUCUUCCCGUUGGAGUGA